ACAGUAGAUUCCGUUGUUUUGAUGAGAAUAGCUGCGCAGUUGAAGAACCGAGAGCCUGAACCGUUUCGUGAAAUAUUCGGCUAGGGUAGCCCGCUAGUUGCUACUUUCUGAUCGAGUCGCUUAGAAAAGAGCGACUUGAUUAUCCUAAACAAAACCUCUUUGUGAAAUUAGGUCGAAAGGGAUGCCGCUGCAGACAGACUCCGACGGACGCCAACAGUCUUUGGAUUUAAUCUCAUCGCAUUUAAUCGGGAAGAGCAGCUUUUCUAUAAAUUUAAAAGGCCUCAGAAUAACUCAUCCUCGACCGAGUUCUUGUGGAAGAUGCUUAUGUACGAGUGCGUAUUAAUUUCUCGGCUGUGAAUUCAGUAGUCAGUAAGCUAAGCGCUAGUUAGCUCUCCGUUAGCUGGUCAACAACAAAGCAGGGUCGUUAAUCUUCAGAUUCGUUAAGUAACCCGUUCUGGUUGAAAAGACGAGUGUCUACAGUCAACGGAUUGGCUUCUGAACCCUUUGUAUUCUGCCUGAGGUGAAAGUAUUGCUCGGUGAGUGAAUUAUUUAACGUUAUUGCCGAUGUACUGAACCAGGAAGACGAUUUGUCAACUUGAUUCAGUGGGUGGGGGAGGGGCAGCGCCAAAAUGGAAUUGUGAUUUGACUUAAGACUGACCCUCACGGGGCGCUGUAGCCCCACAGUUAUAAUCAUGUCGUUACUUGUUUUUGUUUACUGACUUCAGAGUAUAUCUAUAACACUUAAUUUUGUGUUUGAGUGUAAUGUUUUUUCUUAAAGGUGCAGGAAGAGAACAGAGAUGAUUAGAAUAAAAAUAACAGGGCAGAUAAGUAUUAUUAAAAUUGUGUUAUUGCAGCGGUUCUCAACUGGUGGGUCCCGACCCAAAAGAGGGUCGCGGACACGUUCUGGAUGAGUCACGAACAGCUGGUAAAAAAGUAGAUAGUUUAUGCGAUAUUUAUAAGAUGUACGAUAUUGUCUGUACACGAAACUUCAGUAGUUGUCGUCCUCAUGUUGUCCCCUUCAUGUGCUCUGAAAUGCACUUUACUCUAUAAAACAAGUGGAUUUAUGUUAAAGAUUAGAGUCUUUUAAAGGUUUAUUUUUUUAAUGACUCAAAGAUUGGGCUUGUCUUAUUGCAGUGGUUCUCAACUGGUGGGCCUUGACCCAAAAGUGGGUCGCUGACUUGUUCUGGAUGGGUCACGAACAGCUGGUCAUAAAACUAAGUAGUUAAUGCGAUAUUUAUUAGAUAUUUGAUAUUUUCUGUAAAUGCAACUUCAGUAGUUGUCGUUCUUAUGUUGUCUUUAAAGGUUUUUUUUUAUUUUUAUAAAAAAUUAAUCUGCUUGGUUUGAAUUCUAUUAAAGUGGGUCACAACUUAAGGACCAUGGGAAAAUGUGGUUCCCAGAGUGAGACUAGAUGAGAACCACUGUCUUAUUGUACAUGAUUUGCAAAUUUAAGGAUUGCUGUCAUUCUCAUGAUCUCAUCCCACCAGAAUUGCAAGGGGUUUUACACAGAACAGGGGUUUCACUUUCAUGUACUUUAAUAUGUGAUCACAAGAUUUUCCAAGGAUGAGCUCAGUGUUGUCUGAAAUAAAUUGCUGUUAUAACAUCUAUAAAAGAGAAUACUGUAGCAGAAAAACACUCAGCGUUUUCAGACAGGAUUCACAUGACAUCCUCUACCAAAGUACACACACCGUAAAAUCAUUUAUCUUAAACUUUUUAAAUGACAACUUUAAAGCACACUUUUAUGCCAACUAUAACCAAGUAUUCGUGUUUUGGAAAGUGCUUUCUGGAAAAUUGUUAAGCAUUAAUUUUACUUCAGUUAAAGCUACAGAUGUGGCCAAACUGACAUAAUGUUUCUCCAUUUUCUUUACAGAGAAAAAUGAAACUGUUGGAAAACUCCAGCUUUGAAGCCCUCAGCUCCCGGCUGUGCGUUGAGAUGGGGGAGUCUCGCAUCCUUGGCAGGUGAGGGUCACUGACUCAGAUUAUGUUGCAGCCUCAACACCUGAGCCUACUUCUCUGUUCCCUCUUGAUAUGCAGCUGCACUUUUAGAGGAACCAGCAACAGCUGACGUGUUGAGUCACUUCUCAAUAUUUGCAGUAGGUCAUGCAUUUUUGCACAAACACAAACAGUGUUAGCCGAGGGGAAAUGGUUGCAGGGGUGAGUUUUGAGAAAAAGCAUUGCUGCUUCGGUUUGAGCAGUGCAGGUUUUGUUGCUCAACAGGAACUUCAACACGAGCAGCAGAACUUUUUUUACUGUUUUGUUAUUUUGCACUUAUGCAAGAAGUUUAAAAGAAGGAGAAAGUGUAUGCAGGGUGUGUCUGGUGCAGAGAUCACUGACACUGUUCGUAAACAAGGGUAGUAGAGCAAACAGGGACCUGCAGGUUACGCAACGUUGUGAUACCAAGACCACAUUUAGGAGACUAGACUGGAAGUUAAUAACUAACUAAUAGUCCAUGUUUUUGAGUUGGGAGUAGAGCAAGUAUUCCAGGGUGUUUCAGGUUACAUAAGGCCUUCAGUUUCAGUGUCAGUGUAGUUACAUAAAGGCCUGUGGGUUGUGGAUUUAAGCUGAGUCUGAGUGUUGGGUUUUCAGUGUGGGUGUUGAAACUGAGCUUCUGUGCUGGUUGUGACCCAGGGUGACGCACAGCACAGUGUCCUCUCGCACCACUGUGUGGCUAUUUCAGAGACUGUGAAGUGCCAUUGGCACAUACUGUAUGUACACGCACAGAUAAACACAUACAGCAAAUCUGCAUGAUAGCCGAGUGUUGCUGGAGCGGCCAAAGCAGCCAGUGUUUAGGCUGCUUAGUGGAUUAGUGAGACAGCUCAUCAUUGCAGCCACAUGCUUUUUUAGUGAAAAUAAAUGUACCAUCAAUGUGCCUCACAUAAAGACUUUUGAUGAGGGGGCAUUUAGAGACUGAAUGCACGACACAGUUCUCUUUAACUGAGGAGAAGUCACACCGUGCUGCAUGAAACACAUUUGGGCGUCGAACAGAACAGCUCUGUGUCUGUGUAAAGGUCAUUGAGGUAUGAAACGAGCAGAUAAAGAGCUUUUUCUGUUAUAACUCAAAGCAUUAAAUAAAUACAGAUGAAUAUGUGUCCAAGCUUUAGUAAGAGUUGUUUACAGAGCUUGUUGCUGUUGUAGCGUUUUAAAAAUAAUCCUCUAGUGUUGCUAAUCUUCACGCCGCUCCAGUGUCAGUGUUUUGGCUGCGGAUCAGCUGUGUGUGUGGACGGAAAACCAGGGCAGAUAUUUCCAUUGCAAUGUCCGCCGCCAUCAAAUGUACCUAUAAUUAGUCCGGGGAGGGCUGGCCAGGGUCUCAGCACUCAGGUCUAUCUUAAGUUGCACAACCUUGGGCUCUUGCAUAACUCUUGAUGGGAGGAGGCAAAAUAAACAACUGUGCUGCCGUCUGCUCCACUUGCAUAUCUACAGUAUGUACAUGGGCGUCUGACCUAGAGACGUGAAAGAGCAUGUAGGAAGUUUGGCAUCGACUUGUUCUUGUCAGCUGUCUGCACGGAGGAAGAGUGGGGCCUGUCUUGUCAGAGUACACAGUGUCUUGUGUCAAGUAUCAAGAUUAAUCAAAAACCUGCACAGUAUGCCAAAACAAACAGUAGUCACUGUUGUAGUGUGUACAGUUCUAUUGUAUUUAUGUGUGUUUCUUUAUAAUAUUAGUGCAGUUAUCUUAAGUACAGUAUUGCAUGUUUAAGUCCAAUGGGAAUCUAAAAUCUCCUGUUUAGUUUACAGCCAUCGUCUCUCACUGUUUACAUAAUAAACUGGAUCAUAAGGGUCAUUUAGAGUCUUUGUUUCUGCGCCUCCAGGAUCGAGAGCUACUCCUGCAAGAUGGCAGGAGACGACAAACAUAUGUUCAAGCAGUUCUGCCAGGAGGGGGAGCCCCAUGUCUUGGAGGCCCUGUCUCCCCCUCAGUCCACCAGCGCCACCAGCCCCUCACAGUGAGUACAGCCGUCUGCAGGGAGAGAUAAGCAGAUUUGGGUUAUCAUCUGAAGGCAGAUAGGGAAUGAUGACUAAGACUCUUAAUCUUCAGUGAGAAAGAAGUUGAGCCUUUAAAUUUAAUUUCCCUCUUUCUUGUUAUCUUCGCAGGCUGGGGAAGAGCAUUGAGGACGGGGAGAACCCCCUGAGCGACAAGUGUUGCAGGAAGACUCUUUUCUACCUCAUCACCACGCUCAACGAGUCCUUCAGGCCCGACUACGACUUCAGUGCAGCUCGGGCCCACGAGUUCAGCCGAGAGCCCAGCCUCAACUGGGUUAGUUUGCAGCUCUAAACCUAAAGCGAAGCUGCUAUAUAACACGGGUACGACAGGAAUAAAUUAUAUCACUGUUUGCUCUGUAGGUGGCUAACGCAGUGAAUGGCAGCUUGUUCUCAGCCGUGGGAGAGGAUUUCAACUCUCUGGGGCCAGAGCUCUGGAACGCCAUGGACCAAGAGAUCAACCUGCAGGGCUGUGACAUUUACAGGUUAGGUUCUCUCACGAUUUCUGCUCCUGAAACUCUUUCUUAUGCCGCCAAAUUUUUGAUUCUGACCUGGUUUGACGAUUGUUUACAGCUACAACCCUGAUCUGGACUCUGAUCCUUUUGGUGAAGAGGGAAGCCUCUGGUCCUUCAACUACUUCUUUUACAACAAAAAACUCAAGAGGAUUGUAUUCUUCACGUGUCGCUCUGUCAGGUCAGUCGACAACUUCGGUAUAAUUUGGAUUAUACUAGAAGAUACUCGAAAGGACUUGUCCACCCAUUAUUUAGCAUCCACCUGAUCCUCUGUGAAUCUUUUAUGCUUGCAGCGUCUUAAGUGGCUACGGCCGUGAUUGUCUUGACAAUGAGCUGGACAUGGAGCUGGACAGUGAGGAGGAAAUGGACGGCUUCACUGAGGACAGGUAAGGCUGGUGAUUUAAGGUCUUUACACACCGGGACCGACGCGAAUAUAGAACGUGAAAUCGAAAUAUUCAGAGGCAAAUUUUGACGCGCCUGACUGUACACAUCAAGCCCGAUGCGAUUUUGCGACUUUCCAGGGGGGAAAAAGACGCAUCCCGGGGAAGACUUUUCCGGGGAAAGUCCCGCCUCCUUCGCCUCUGAUUGGCUAGAAAAGCUGGAAUCCCACGGGACGGGAGUCAUUUUUUAAUUAAUCGCAUGAUCAGGAUGGGACGGGGAAAAAAAGCAAUGGGAGCGGGCAGGGACGAGAACAACAUUAAUAGAUGAUCAUUUUCAGCCGUGUUAAACAACCAGAUGGACAGAUGUGUCCAUUUUUGUAGUCAUCUCUCAGUGAGAGCCAACACUCUCGACCGUGCUAGCAACACAAAAGAACUACAACAGUGGUUUGACUUCCUGUCACCACCGGAAGUGAGAAGCGACUCAGAGCCGCUCCGGACUCGGCUGCCACUUUUACCUUAAAUUUUUUAUUUUAGGUAAAAGUGCAGUGCAUAUUAUGCUCAAUAAAAAACGUUUUUUCACGUUUGGUUUUAUUCAAAUGGGAGCGGGACAGGAGUGGGAGUAAUUUUGAGUGGGAGGGGGAUGGGAGUGGGAGUCAUUCUACUGGAGUGGGACAGGACAGGAUUAAUUUUUUUUACUCCGGUCUGGGAUUGGGACGGGACGGGAUUUUUUCUCUGGGAGUGGGAUGGGACAGGAGUAAAAAUCCGCUCCCGUGUUAUGCUCUAAUGUGAACGCUUGUUUUGACAGGAUACGGGUUUGAAAAAAAUAUUGACGUCCGAAAUAAUCGCACGAAAAAAAAAACGGUCCUGGUGUGAAAGGACCUUUACACAGUGGUUGGUAUUUUCCUUUUUUUGACCUAUUACCACUCAUAUUCAUCUCUCUCUUUUUCUGUCUUCUCAUAGGUUCCCCAGAGCUCUGUGUGUGUGAGUCUCCACAUCAGACUCACCUCGGCCAAAGGACAACUAGUCUUUCCUCCCUCCUCCCUGCCCUCUUUUCACCUCAUGUACCUUCUUGUUUUUUUGACAUUUUUGCUGCCUCAUCCAAAGCCAUUUUCUCGCAUUAACCGUAUGCAUGUUUGACGCCCUCUCCUCUGCUGGCAGUGAACUGUACGUACCGCGAGUCGGUUGGACAUUGUGUCGAGACCCUGCAGUAGGAUUGAAGCUUUCUCAUUUUUCAGUGUUUUUUCUUUUUUUAACCUCAAGCUCGAAGCCCAAACAAGCACACAUGAAAACACACAAAACACACGGGCUUCUCAACACCCGCCGCAUUUUUUAGAGACCCCUCUACGGACGUUUUGAAAGGAAGGUCUCACUGCGGAUGAGUGGCGAACCAAAAGACUGCAAGCGAGUUCAGUUUCUCGCACGUGAUGUCAUAGAAGAGCGGAGUGGAGAUAACACCAGCAUUAAUGAAAACGCGCAGAUGGAGAUUUCUCGUAUUGGAAGAGAUGAAUAAGACUGACUCACUGAUCAGCAGAGAACUCAUCCGUCACUCAUCGUUUGCUCGUUUUUGUUUGUCGUGUGUGACAUUGGCGUUACUGUGAGUUUUUUAGCACUGAGUUUAUAACCUUAACGCUGCGUUUAUAACUGAGAUGUGUAUUAUUGAAUCUUAUUACUGCAUAGCGCUCGUCUGUGUUAUAGACAGUAGGGCAUUGCCAAGGAAACUGUUGGCAUCUGGGGUUGCAGCUUAGAAAACAUAUCAACUUCUUCUUACAGAUGUCCUGUUCAGCGUCUCUGUUUUCAGAUCCCAGAAUAAUUUUUUUUACCUUGUCUCAAAUCCAGUGUUUUUUCUUCCACUACUCAUUCCCACCCUCUCCCUGUAGGAGCUCAUUUCUAAAUGUCAGUCUUGCCAGUGAUUUUAUUUGCUAAAUGCUCCUGUGCAAAGGCUUCAUUAAAGUGAAUGUAUUGUAUUCUUUAGAGGUAAAAAACGAUACAGUGAAACGCUGUUUUACAUUACUUUUUAGGGAGAUGAGAAGCUCCUUUAUGUUCCUUAAAGUUGAUAAGAGUUCUGUGACUUUUCUUGGCUGCUUUGUGCUCUAAUUGGCUGAUACAUUGCAGAUGUGAAUAAACAGUUGUUUGAAUCAGAC